CAUCUCAAGAGUCGCCAUGUUGGAAUACGUCUUGUGUAAUCWGUAUUAAAAUUCGAGGUUCUUUKUUCAAUGCAAAGCUUUCUGGUCGUUGUCUAAACUCAUCAUGAGUUCACCAAUGAAGCCAUGGGAAGGGGCYGGUACUAGUUCUAGAGUUGCUACGCCGCCGUGUUGUUCAACAACAAAGMCACCUUACGGAAACAGACCGAACACUUUGCGUGGCGUAACUGCAAGCGAAGCUGGUCAAACYUCUCUUGUAAAACCACCUCCUGUACCAAGUAGACCUCAAGGAUCUUCCUAUGGAACUCUAGGUGGAUAUGGUGGAGGGAUGAUGGGUAGUUAUGGAGGUUAUGGAAGUAGUAUGUAUGGUGGCUAUGGUGGUGGAAUGUAUGGUGGUURUGGAGGAAGCCUUUAUGGAGGAUAUGGUGGUUACGGAGGAGGAUAUGGCACGUAUAGCAGAUUUGGUGGUAGCUAUGGUAACCAGACAAUGAGCCCAUUUGUUAGACGAGCUGAAGAAAGCAGUCAAGCAGCAUUCCAGUCAGUGGAAUCCAUUGUCCAGGCUUUUGGAUCCAUAUCCAUGAUGCUUGAGUCGACCCAUUUUGCAAUGUUAAAUACCUUCAGAGCAGUUCUUGGGGCAGCGGAUCAUUUUAGUCGAAUGAAAUCUCAUAUUUUGAAUGCUAUAGGAGCAAUUGCAAUCAUAAAAACCUUGAAGACACUAUGCCAAAAAGUCUUGUACAUGUUAGGGUUAAURAAGGAUUCUGGGAUAGAUGAGGUAUGGACUGAAGCUAAUGCUACAGUUUCAACAGCUGCUAGUAGUGGAGCUGUUGGGAAGAAGAAUACAAAGUCUUGGCCCAUUGUAAUGUUCUUUGCUGUUGUUUUGGGAGUUCCCUGGGUGAUAUGGAAAAUGCUYAAGUCAUUUAUUUCUGAAGAAGAUGAUACCCAAAGCUGGAUGAAAGGCACAAGUGAUCAUGUUCUUGCCAGAGUAGAGUUUGACUUUGUUGGUGAAGCAGAAGAUGAGUUAACAGUGUCAGCUGGAAGCAUCAUUAAAGUUGCACCUAAGGACAAACAGCCUAGGAUGAGAGGCUGGCUUCUUGCUACUGUGGAUGGUGAACAAGAAGGAAUUGUUCCUGCUAACUAUGUAAAGAUUCUUGGUCUCAGACGUGGUAAUAAUAUUAAAGCAGAAAGUACUACUACUCCAUCUGAUAGUAUGACUAGUGUACAACCUUGUUACAGUCAAACCAACCAAACUACUUCACAUUUACAYGAUAAUGAAGAUUCAUUAAACUCRUUAGACUUUAAAGAUACGGACUUAAUUGAGGAAGUCCCAACAUAAURUGAAUAUGGCACUACAUCGUUAUGAAUCAAAGUGCACAGGCAGCCUAGCRGCAUUUUAAACAGUUSUACAAACUUUAUUGGGAUGCCUCUACUUCGUAUUAAUGUGAAACUACAUUGUUAUGAAUCAAAGUCCACAGACAGCCGAGCAGCAUUCAAGCAAAAGCUGCAGGCUUUAUUGAGAAUAUCUACUUAGAAUAUUGUCACUUUGAUUUCUGCUGGAUAUUGUAAAUCAAAGUGUACAGUUUUGCUGUAGUCUAAUCGCCUUUUUAACCCCCUUAAAAUACAGAACUAGACUUAAAAACAUUCACGAUUUAUUGUAGAUGUCCCUACAUAGAGUUCAUGUGAAAAAAGUGAAGUGAUUUCUCAGCCAGAUAGCAAACGGAAUUCAGAAAAAAAUAGGCAUCAUGUGAAGCCACGGGACCAAUGUAUUGAUUGUAUAUAUGAACUGCUGUAAUAAAUCUAAGUUAUCUGGAAUUUUUUGUUCUGCAACAGAUAGCUAUUGUCGGAAUA